AUGGUUGCAAAGCCAAAGAGACGACUAGCAUCAGGCGAGGUUGACCUGAAUACAUCUCCCUCCUCAAAACUCGCAAGCCCCAGAGAACAACGCAAACAACCCAAACGACGAACCCUACACUCUCAACUGCACUCUUCUUCUCCCCCAUCUCCUCAAGCUCUGAUCGAUGAUCCUGAAGAACAGGAAGAAGAACAUCACCAGCAAGAACCACAACCAAACUCAUCUAGUCCUUCACAUAAUCAGAGCAUCUCAGAUCAAAGACCAUCUUUAACCACUCAUCAGCAAGCACAGGAGGAGAAUGACAAAGAUCAAGAGGAGGAACAUCAGAAAACGAUCAAAGAACAAGAGGCCAGAGAGAGGAUAUUUGAUGAAUUCAAGGACGAAUACUUUGACAUCAUUGACCAAAUCCCACUCGACCUCAACCGGAAGUUUAGUUGUAUCACCGAACUCGAGGCCUCACUCGAAGAAUGUAAACGAGAGCUGCAUGAAGAUUUGAUAGCGUAUACCAACUUUGCCAAGGAGAUGGCGUCGGCCGCGGGCCCCGAGUCGACCAUUGCUGGAACAGCGGUCGAGGUAGACAACGAGAUCACCAACAGACUGCGGACGUUAGCCCAACCGAUGCUGUGGGGAGUCGUGCCGAUCCCGCCCAUAAACGCGGACACAACGUCGGGCCUGCCAGAACAUCUCAAGAGCUUACUGUCGGAGAUCUCCGGGAAGAUUAUUCGCUUACAGGAGCUCUCGCACGACAAACUGAACCUGGCCGAAUCAGUGUAUGUCUCCCUGGAUCGCCAGCUCAAACGGCUGGAUGCAGACCUGGAGACCUACCAAGACUUGGAAGACCAGGACGCGCAGGUCGAACGUCGCCAUCAUGAGGCUCUUAACGAUCAAUCAGACGGCCAUGAUCAAUCAAAUCAACCCUCACAACAAGAACAACCCCAGCUCACCCCUACCUCGACCCGUCUCAACCAGCAACCUCACGUCGGCGAACAGGCCCAGGAACUUACGCUCGAGCCCUCUGGAUCGUUCAACUCUGCAGACGAUCAGACACUCUAUUGUUCUUGUCAAAGGGUCACUUUUGGCGAUAUGGUAGCCUGCGAUAACCCGGAUUGUCAGGGCGGCCAAUGGUUUCAUCUAGAGUGUGUCGGAUUAUCGCAAUUGCCUACUGAGGAUAAUCAGGCCGAAUGGUUCUGUGAUCAAUGUCGUUCACAAUCUUCUACUGCUUCUGCUUCUCAUUCCGGAAAAAAGAAGAAGAAGAAAAUCGGGCGGAGAUAUUGA